CCUCCUCCUCCGCCUCCGACGCCGCCUCCGCCUCCGCCCCGGCAUCACUCUCUCCCUCAUCAUCUCCCUCUGCGAUCGCGGAGUCAAUCCCGAAGCCCUAGCCGCCCUCGUCCGCGAGCUCUCUUGGUCAUCUUCAACUGCAAUCUUGGUCAUCAAAGGUGAAAGAUGGGAAAGGCGAAGAAAGGUCCCAAAUUUGCAACAGUGAAGAGCCUGGUCAGCUCCAAAACCCUUCGCAAGUACAAAGAGGAGGUCCUGAAUCCGAAGAAGAAGGAUCUUGACAAAGAGAAACUCCCUCGAAACGUGCCGAGUGUUUCUUCGGCUUUGUUCUUCAAGUAUAACACUGCUCUUGGACCUCCUUAUCGAGUCAUUGUGGAUACCAACUUCAUCAACUUCUCCAUCCAAAAUAAGUUGGAUCUGGAGAAAGGAAUGAUGGACUGUCUGUAUGCAAAAUGCACUCCCUGUAUCACGGACUGUGUCAUGGCUGAGCUUGAAAAAUUGGGACAGAAAUAUAGGGUAGCUUUAAGGAUUGCCAAGGAUCCUAGGUUUGACCGGCUACCAUGCAUCCAUAAAGGAACUUAUGCUGAUGAUUGCAUUGUUGACAGAGUCACUCAGCACAAGUGCUAUAUUGUUGCGACAUGUGAUAGAGACUUGAAACGAAGGAUACGCAAGAUUCCUGGAGUGCCCAUCAUGUACAUUACUCAACACAAGUACUCAAUUGAACGCUUACCUGAAGCAACUAUUGGCGGAGCUCCAAGAAUUUAAAAAGGUGGCUUAUUCAGAACUAGAGGUAGUUCCAUGUCAUGUCAGCUAGCAUGUCCAAGUUUUGUGCUCUGAAGCUUCACUAUUGAGCUGUAGUUUCCGGUUUCUAAUGUACCCUAUAGUUUUGCCUAAAAACGUUUUCAGCUUGUUGUAAACCCUAGUAGCUUCUGCGAGAUGCUCUCUUUAUGCGUUAGCUUCCAGACAUUAUAGAUGAAAAAUUACAGCAUGAUCAUGUUUUUGGUACAUGACGAUUAAUCGAACUAUUAAGGGAUACUGUGAGAAAUGAUUGCUGAGGCAAGGGGGCGAGGAGAUAACGUGUUGUUUCUCGUUACCUUUAGUUAUGUAGCAAGUUACUAUGAUCGAAUAGCAACCUAACAUCCUUGAA